AUGGCAGGUGUCAAUACCAGAGCCACUAUGGUCGGCAACUUUUCUCUCGCAUCGGCCUUCCGCAACCUCUCUUUAUCGGCCCCGAAGCGCUCGUUCUCCACAACAUUCGCACCACAGACCACCAAGACACUCCCCGAUCACAUCCCAGCCUACCCUUUCGGACCUAAACAAUGGUACAAGCAGGCCGAUACCGGUCUUUACGGAGGUGCCAUGAUCCGCUUUGGUAACAAGAUCUCCAAGGGUCGCAACGAGGGCAAGACACGACGAAGCUGGAAGCCCAACGUCCGCCGCAAGAAGAUCCACAGCGAAGCGCUUGGCGAAGAUCUUUUCAUUAAGGUCACUCGCCGGGCUUUGCGGACAAUCAUUAAGGAAGGUGGUCUCGACAACUACCUCCUCAGCGACAAGCCUGCCCGUAUCGAGGAGCUCGGCAUGUUCGGAUGGGAACUGCGGUGGAAGGUUAUGCAGACUCCGGUUAUCCAGGAACGAUUCCGGGAAGAGCGCAAGAGACUUGGAAUCCCGGAACCCAAGUCAUUUGAAGAGUGGAUGAAGAGCAAGGAAUCGGAGAUCCAAGCCAAGAUUGAUGAGCGACUCAACAUCAAGCAGCUCACGAGGCCCCAUCCGAAGGGCAAGGUCGACCCUCAGAGGCUUGCCCAGCUUUCCCAGAAUGCUGAGUUUGCGGAAUAA